CCGCGCGCAACUUGCUCCUUGUGAAUGAGAGGCCAGCAUGACGUCAGCGAACCAAUGUCAACAAUGCAGCGCUCGGAGGAGAAAAGGCGUUCCAUCCUAACGCGAGGAGAAAGCCGUCCGCGACGCGCCGAUUGAUGACUUCACGCCGCUCGAACGUUGGACAGUGGGGAUUAACCAGCAUGCGGAGGCACUUUGAUUUGUGACAACCCACCGUGGACGAGCAGGAAAACGGUAGCCACUGGAAGUGAUGUCGGCAGGUGAUGAGCAGGACAGUGAGGCAGCAGUGCCUGUAUAUGUGUACGAGUCCAAAGUCCACUGUGCCAAUGUGUUAUUGAGCCUUGAGGAGCAGCGGAGACAGAGCAUCCUGUGUGAUGUCACUGUGUUGGUGGAGGGCAGGGAAGUACGAGCACACAGGGCCGUCCUCGCUGCUAGUAGCCGCUACUUCCUACAAGCCCUGCUGGGAUACAAUGGGCCACCAGGAGAACCCAUCAUUAACCUCCCUGACAAGGUGACUGCAAAAGGCUUUGCCCCACUGCUCCAGUUUGCCUACACAGCCAAGCUUGUUUUAAGCCAAGAGAACAUCCACGAGGUAAUCCUGUGUGCUGACUUCCUGGGUGUUCACAAUUUAGAGGAUUCCUGUUUCCGGUUUCUUCAAGCCCAGCUACAGAAUGACAGCCAACUGACCAGUAAUGGCAAGGUGGAAUAUGAUGAUGACACAGCCAAUAACACUAUCUUUUCUGAGACAACAUACACAGACAAUUCUACAGACAGGCAGCACACUAGCAAUAAAGCAUCCACAAUGUCAUUUCCUACUGAUCUUCCUCAAUGCCCUAAAUACAGGAACUAUCAGUAUCAGCACAACAGUGAAACUCAUGAUGGUGCUGAUGACAAUGAUUAUGAAGAGGAUGAUGAUGAUGAUGAUGAUGACAUCUUGGCCAACCAUACCUCUGCCAGCCCAGUGAGCUCACAGCUCACAGACUGCAGUGAUGUUACGCAAACACUUCUUAGUCCCUUCAGAAUCAAAGAGGAACCUGUCUUUGAAGACGAAAGAGAUGAUCGGCGUGGAUGCAAUCCAGAAUUGUGUAUGGAAGAGGUGCUGGAGAUGGAAUUAGAGGUAGAAGGGGUUCCUGUAGCAGUUGAGCAUUCUCCGAGCAGUGGCUCACCUUCGUCCUGCCUGCGCUCAUACCUCCAAAGAGGAGGGCUGGAUCUUAGCAGCAUGCCAAGCACUACCAUAGAGCAACUCCUCUCCAACAGACUAUCCCUCAACCAUUAUAGAGAACUAGUCAAACACAGACAGAAAGACAAAAGGGAAGCAAUGGUGAAUCUCAAAACUGGCAUUGCCGAUGUACCAGCAACACUGACCAACACUGACAUGCCUAAUGCCUCCUCAUCCAAACAAGAAAGGGAGCUAGACAGACGCAGUGUAAUUUUCUCUUCAGCAGUGAGUGAUCAGCAACAAAUGAUAGCCCACUAUGGUGAUGAAAAGUUUAGUGAAAAGGUCUCAGGCUUGAUGCAGAUUGAUACUUCUUCUGCCAGCUCAUGUCUUCUUACAAAAUGCCGUGCUCCUGUCAAGACAUCAACUUAUUCCCCUGCCCCCUCUGAGCCCCAAAAUCAGACUCCCAGCUCCCAUUCUUCAUUUUCAUAUGCAGAGGAUGGAGGAAGUGGCAGCCCACCUUCCAACCUGCAACAGUUUGACUUGUCCCUGUCCCCACACUCUAGCUGCAUCUCUGGACUGUCUCAGUGCCUAGCAAGCAGAGAAGAGCCUAGGGACCUCCACAGUCGAGAAAUUGUCUUUUCUCAGGGUUGUGCUAAGAUCAAAACAGAGCAAGGAUUUGGUGCCAGUGGUGGAAACUCCAGCGACGAGUCGGGGUCUUUCUCAGAGGGAGACAGUGAAAGUGGCGUCAGAGUUCCUGGACCUGAGGUAAAGCUACCUUUUCCUGUGGACCAGAUCACCAACCUGCCACGCAAUGAUUUCCAGAUCCUCAUCAAGAUGCACAAAUUGACCUCAGAGCAGCUGGAGUUCAUUCAUGACAUUCGCCGUCGCAGUAAAAACCGCAUUGCUGCCCAGCGCUGUCGGAAGCGGAAGCUGGACUGCAUCCAGAACCUGGAGAGCGAGAUCCGCAAGUUGGUGCGUGAGAAAGAAAAACUGCUGAGUGAGCGCAACCAACUGAAGAUGUGUAUGUCUGAGAUAUGGCAGAACCUCUCCUUUCUCUCCCAUCAAGUCUGCAGAGACGAGCAGGACAGCCAUUCACCUCCCAUUUCCACCAGUAUUGACCUCACAUCGAACCCGCCAUCACCACCUGCUGAUGAGGAUUCAUACCACACAAAAUCACUUCAAGGAAACAAAGUUGUAAGUCUGUCAGAGAUCGGUCCUAAUGCAGGGGAGCUGACGGAUGGGCAGCUGGGGGUGGUGGUCUCUGGUCAGGGGAACCCACUCGUGUUGGAAUCAACAGACGAAGUAUUCAGUCCCACUGUAACUGUGGAUUUCUGUCAGGAAAUGAUCAAGAAAUGCACAACAGAAGAACAGAAGAGACAUGACGGUACUUAAAGUUCAGAAGUAAAUGUUUCUCGGUGACAUAUUCAUACCUGUCCGUUAAAAUAUGAAACUGUAAUAUUGAAAUAUGUUUUGUAAUGGGGAGCAAUUGUCCUCUAAGCAAUAGUGUUCCACAGGUAUUUUCCGGACUGGUAAAAAAAAAAAAAAAAAAAAAAAUACUGGCAGCUUUCUAUCUCAUUGUCUGUCUCAUCUUGACUUUUUUUUCCUGUCAGCUACCCUCCCUCCUGCGUCCAUCGCGGGAUGUUAAACUCAGGAAUUUCUCAGAAUGUUCACCCAAUUCCUUUUUUAACAUUUAACAUGAACUUUACUUUUGUCUGCAUUUUUACAGCAAAUCUGGCAAACUCAUUGCAGAAAACAAACUGCUAAGCCUAGCGGACACAUUGAAGCUACAAUUACCUUUUGUCAUUUAUUGGCCAUCUGCAUCUGUGUUGGGCUCAGGAUCCUCAACUGAAUUUGCAAAGCCACAUAAAUAGUGGACAACACAACAGUGUAACCCAAACAAAUGUAAACAGAGGAGUACGUAAAGCAUUUUGGUUGCAGCGGCAGUUUGUUACAAGAAAAUGAACUUUGUGAAAAGAGACUCUUUAUGUAUAUGUCAGUGGUUGGUACCCCCACAAAAGGCUGCUAGAUCUGGUAAGAAUCUACUGGUAACAGCUUAUUGUUUCGACAAUAGAUACAUAAAACAUUGUGUACCAUACCAAAUUAGGCCUAACUGACAGUGCUGUGCUGCAUGGUGGAAAUAGAUAUCUUUUUGUUGGUCCUAUUGUUUAAGAAAUACAGUAGUAAUAGCAUUGUCAAAAUCCCACUGAACGCUGUGCACAGUCAUUGUGUUCACUUGUUAACCAAGAAACAGUUAACAUCUAAAUCAUACUUAGUCCCAUUUAUUUUCCUUUUCACCUUUUGGUUUAUAUCCGGGAUGUGGUGGAUGUAUGGAGAUUGAAUUGAUCUACAGUAUUUAAAUAUACUCCUGCCAGAAUGCUUCAAAUGAAUUGCACGGCAAUUUUAUGCUUUUAGCAAACACAAUCCUGGGUGCAUCCAGUUAGUAUGUCCUGUUUUUCGUGCAAUCAAGUUUGCAUUUUUGAACACACAAACCAAAUUUGUUGCCAUCAUGACUGGUAUUCAAUAUGCAUCCUGAUCUGAAGGGCUUAAUGAUGAGUGUUCUUAAAAAAUGUUUGGGUUUUGCCCUUGCGUGAUUUCGAGUUCGGUAAGGUUAAGGAUAAGGGUACUGUUUCCACCAUCAAUGAGCUAAAACAAAUAGACCACAUGCAUGUCUAUUCUAUUACUAUUUUUGUUUAUAUAUGUAUUUUGUUCUUUUUUUCAAAUGAACUUCCCCAAACCUUCUACUCAUUCUUAACAUUAAAUUGUGUAUCGUUUUCCUUUAGGGCACAGUAUCGCUCAAGUUAGCUGUAAUUGUUGAGUGACAUAGGGCUUUAAGUCUAAAUCAAAGGUAAGGUCCACAUUUGAUGUUUACCUUUCACAAAAUGGUGAAAUGAACUCUCAUUAUGCAAUGUUACUAUAUCAAAUUCAAUUUUUUGUGUACCACGUAAUGGAUGUUUCAAUUUGUGUUUUUUUUCUUUUUGUCAUAUCUGUGCGAAGACAUAACGUGAUCACAAAAUUGAAGCACUGCCAAGCACUUCCAAGAGGCGAAACUUGGCACUGAUCAAGUGCCAAAUGGCGCCGAUACUGAGCAUUUGCUCAAUAUCAGCGCCAUCUGGCACUUGAUUUGACACUUAAAUCAAGUCUUAAGCUAAAGACUAGGUCUCCAAACCGAUUAAGAACCAUGCCUAGCUUAAUUCAAGUUUCUACAAUCCAUCCUCCGAAGUAUGCAGACGUAUUCCUGAAAAUGUCAUACAUUUUCACGAGCUCACAAAAGUGAGUACACUCCUCACAUUUUUGGAAAUAUAUUAUUACAUCUUUUAAUGGGACAUCACUGAAGAAAUAACGUUUUUCAACAAUGAAAAGUAAUCAGUGCACAGUUUGUAUAACAAUACACUGUCCCCUCAAUAGAACUCAACACAGGGCCAAUAAUGCCUCAACCAUUGGAAAUUAAAUUGAGUACACCCCUAAGUGAAAAUGUCUAAAUUUGACCAAAUUAACCAUUUCACUUCCCCUGUGCCAGGCGACUCAUUAGUGUUACACUGUCUCAGGUGUGGCUAGGGAGCAGCUGUAUUACAUUUCCUGCUUUAGCUCUCACACUCUCAUAGUGGUCACUUGAAGUUGAAUAUGGCACCUCAUGGCACGGAACUUUCUGAAGAUGUAAUAAGGGGAAAAAAAGAAUUGUUGCUCUUCGGAAAGACUGCUUGAUAUUGCAGCGACGUGUCAUUGCUUCAGUGUUGUCCCAUGAAAAGAUAAAACAAAAAAAUGUCUGGGGUGGAAUGCCUUUUGUGAGAUACACUAUGUCUAAUAUGAAAUAAAUGCACUGAACAAAUACAUACACUCCACAAAAUAUUGAAUUUCUACUCCCCGGCGACAACACAAGAUACACUUGCAUCAAUCAAUCCAUUGCAGUAGGUCUAGCAGGUUUCCUGCCUAUAUAAAAGUAAUAAUGCUCAAUUCUGAUUGACACUUUAACAAUACAUUAUGUUUAUUAUUGUGAUUGUAUUGUAGGAUAAAACCUUGAUUAAAACAACAAAAACAACCUGAAUUUACUUUUGUGCACUGCAGGACAAAGAAAUUUAAUUAUGUGGAGCAAGUUGGCAAAUCUCGAACAAAUAUAAAAAAAUUAAAUACAAUAUGUACAAUUAAGUCCAAACGUAGUUAUGUGCUGGCCAUAUUUUGAGUUAAAUAUAUUUGUAUUUGAUCAGUUAGCUGAAAAUGACACAUGAAAGUGGCAAAUGGCUUUGAGAUGUAUUGAGAUAUAUUCAUUUUCCAUCCAUCCAUUUUCUUCCACUUAUCUGAGGUCGGGUCGCGGGGGCAGUAGCUUUACCAGGGAAGCCCAGACUUCCCUUUCCCAAGCCACUUCGUCCAGCUCUUCCGAGGGGGUCCCAAGGCGUUUCCUGGCAAGCUGAGAGAGUCUCCAGCGUGUCCUGGGUUGUCCCCGGGGUCUCCUCCUCACCAGGGAGGCGUCCAGGAAGCAUCCUAAACAGAUGCCCGAGCCACCUCAUUUGGCUCCUCUCAUUGCGGAGGAGCAGCGGCUCUACUCUGAGCCCCUCUCGGAUGACCAAGCUUCUCACCCUAUCUCAAAGGGAGAGCCCGGACACCCUACGGAGAAAGUUCAUUUUGGCCGCUUGUAUCCGGGAUCUCGUUCUUUCGGUCACAACCCACAGGUCGCGACCAUAGGUGAGGGUAGGAAUGUAAAUCGACUGGUAAAUACAGAGCUUCGUCUUUCGGCUCCUACUUCACCAGAACGGACCAGUACAAAGUCUGCAUCACUGCAGACGCUGCACCGAUCCGCCUGUCGAUCUCCCGUUCCAUUCUUCCCUCACUCGUGAACAAGACCCCAAGAUAUUUGAACUCCUUCACUUGAGGCAGGAUCUCCUCCCAAGAGAGGGCACCUCACCCUUUUCCAAUUAAGGACCAUGAUCUCAGAUUAGGAGGUGCUGAUUCUCAUCCCAACUAUUUCCUACUGGGUUGCGAACCGCUCCAGUGAGAGUUGGAGAUCACGGCUUGAUGAAGCCAACAGAACCACAUCGUCUGCAAAAAGCAGAGAUGCAAUACUGAGAGCACCAAACCGGACUCUACGCCUUGGCUGCGCCUAGAAAUGCUGUCCAUAAAGGUUAUGAACAGAAUCGGUGACAAAAGGCAGCCUUGGCGGAGUCCAACCCUCAGCGGAAACGAAUCCGACUUACUGCCGACAAUGCGGACCAAACUCUGACAUUGGUCGUAGAGGGACCGAACAGCCCGUAUCAGGGGGUUCGGCACCCCAUACUGCCGAAGCACCACCCAAGGACUCCCCGAGGGACAUUGUCGAAAGCCUUCUCCAAUUCCACAAAACACAUGUAGACUGGUUGGCGAACUCCCAUGCACCCUUGAGGACCCUGCCGAGGGUGUAGACCUGGUCCACUGUUCCACGGCCAGGACGAAAACCACAGUGCUACUCCUCAAUCUGAGAUUUGACUUCCAGACGGACACUCCUCUCCAGCACCCCUGAAUAGAGUUUACCAGGGAGGCUGAGGAGUGUGAUCCCCCUGUAGUUGGAACACCCCUUCCGGAAGGGGGACCCCCACCCCCACCCCAGUCUGCCAAUCCAGAGGCACUGUCCCCAUGUCAACCAGGACAGCCCCACAACAUCCAGAGCCUUUACGAACUCCGGGCGAAUCUCAUCCACCCCCGGGGCCUUACCACCACUUUGUAACAACCUCGGUGACCUCAACCCCAGAUAUAGGAGAGCCCGCCCCAGAGACCCCAAACUCUGCUUCCUCAUGGGAAGGCGUGUCGAUAGAAUUGUGGAGGUCUUCGACAUAUUCUCCCCACCGCUGCAUCCCGCUUGGCCAGCCAGUGAGCCCACGGGAAGUGCGAUCCACAUUACCCUUUCGGGCUGUGCCCGGCUGGGCCCCAUGGCCAUCAGGCGCUUGCCUUCGAGCCCCAUGGCACCUCCAGGCCUGGCUCCAGAGGGGGGCCCCGGUGACCCACGUCCGGGCAAGGGAAACCUAUGUCCAUUUAUGUUGUUUGUCAUAGGGGUUUUUGAGCCUUGCUUUGUCUGGUACCUCACCUGGGACCUGUUUGGCAUUGGUGACCCUACCAGGGGCGAGAAGCACCAGAGAACUUAGCUCCUCGGAUCAUUGAGACACACAAACCCCUCCACCACGAUAAGGUGAUGGCUCAAGGAGGGGAUAUUCCUUUUUAAAUCACAAUUUUCAUAAUUUUAUAUUUUCACGAAACAUUCCAUGUCCAAAAUUAUUCAACCCUCUUCCUAAUUCUGGCAUAUCAUAGUUGAAAUUCAUAGUUUAUAGAGCGGUAGGUACCUGGAUCCUCGGUGUUCGAAUGUUGCAAAAGAUUGUGUAUUCUCAAACUUGUCUGAUAAGAUCAAGGAUAUUCGUCUUGUAAUGUGACAAUUGUUGAAAAUAUCAAAUAUGUUUCAUGAAUGUCUGCAACACAACUUCUUCAAAUUCUUAAAUCUCUUUCCCCAUACUUUGGAGAUGGACAGUAGUUUUUGUUAUGAUAUAACAUGCUUUAAAAAUGCAAAAAAUAUGUCAUGAUCUGCUUAAUACAACUCAAAACGCUUUAAAAUCUGAAGUUAUUGCCAUCUCGGUUAACAAUUUUGUUUGUUUGUUCCAAUCCAAUUUGUGUAUUCUGUGAUUUUGCACAAACAGCCAAACUGAAACAGGAUCUGGAUGACAGAUGCUUACAUUAUCCGAUUCACACAUCGUACAUUUAUGGAGACACAAAACAAACGUAUUAAUGGCCACAUAGGUAUCUUUAUGCCAAAUAAUGUAUCUUGUGAAGUUCAAAACUAAAGAGAAACACAGUGGUACCAUUCUUGAUUUAGGGUAAUCCCAAAUUCAUCUGAUGGUGAAACGUCAUUAGAGAGGCACAUGGCAAGGGUGAGUGUUGCUGCCAUCUGCUUUGUUGCUUUAGUCAUCACUUUGCUGCUGACGGACAGCGAUGCAGAGGAGCAUGUUUACUCCAGAUUGAAUGGUUUCAGGUUUCAUGCCGUAAUUGAAGGAGUUGUCGUUAAUGACGAAAUGAAAGCUUCUUUAAGAAAGAAAGAUCUUUACCUUACAGACAGAAUUCACUGUUACCAAGUCCCCGGAAAGACCAUGUAAAGCUAAUGGUUUUCUUUUUUGAAAUUGUGGCUUGUUUAUCAGAGUAGAUAAUAAUCAGCAUCAUAUCAUGUACUUUUCUUUCUUAAAGGUGAACUUUAUUAAUUUUUCCACUUUCUCAGAGUGGUUCUAUUUGACAAUUUCAUGGAAUUACACAUCUUUAUUUACUUGUCACACCUGUUACUUACGUUGUAAUAUUUUCUUAAGACGAGUGAGCAUGUUUACAAUUUUAAUGUAUUGUGUGUUAUUUUUGUUUUGUAAAGGUACUACUAAGACCCCAUUAUUAAGUUAAAUUGCAAACCAUUUUGUUGUACAAACCGUAAAUUAGCUAAAUGUUGAUGAAUUUGUAAGAACAAUUACAAGUCUUACAAGUGCAGCUAUAUUUUCCUUCUAUAAAGGCCAGGUUAACCUGGAAGGUUAGGAUUUUGUUUCUUGUAAAUUGUGUCAUCAUACUCGUGAAGCACUUGUUUACCUCAGCUGAGGCCACCGGAAAAGGGGAAACUACAACUAUUGUAUAUAUCUUAUGUAAAUAUGGAGAACAAAAUUGUUCAAUGGUAAAUAAAUGAUCAAAUCAGUCAAUCGAGAUGAAGUACUUGUGCUUCUCGCCUUUAACUUAUAAUUGGAGUAGUUGGUGAUCUGUCCAGAUUUUACCCCGCCUCUUGCCCAUGACCCUGAAGAUGAUAAAUAAUUGAUUAAUAUAUGAGCUAUACAUUACUUGUAACAAAUUUUUACACAAAAACUAAAACAUUAUGAUAGCUUUAAUCGUGAUCAGAAUGACUGUUUUCAUUUAGACUUUUUUGAUUAUUUUGUUUCUCCAUAUAGACGACGAUUGAAAUGUUACUCCAAACCAAUGUAGAAAUAACUUAAAUAUGCUGUUACUGAGCUUACGAAAAGGAAAAAAAAACAUAGCACUUGAAUCAAAAUGAAGAAUCAAACGUUUGUACUUAAAGUAAAUAAGGUUCACAUUCUUGUACUGUUUCUGCACUCUGAAAAUGCCAUGAAUUGUUUCAAUGCCUGCUUUGAAUUUGGUAUUAUAUUAUUCUCUUACUAUUAUAAUGAAAACCAGUGAAUUGAUGCAAUCAGAGGUGUUGAUAGAGAAGGAACCAUCGUGAUGUAAAGUUUAUGUUUGUCUCCUAUUUGCUAAAAAACUGACCCGUGUGUUGCCAUCUAUUCUCAAUAUAUUAUUAAAUCAAAUUGUACUAUCAGGAAACAGUAACUCUGCUGGGACAAAAUUGUAAACAUUACUGUACGUCGUAUAACAAACCACUACUUGCAUGGCCCUCUGUGCGCAUUAAUGUUCAUAUUGUGUUUCGAAAAAUGUUCCAUUGCACUAGGUGUACCAAGAGUUUAGUUACCGUAUUUUCACGACCAUAAAGCGCACUUAAAAGUCUUACAUUUUCUCUAAAAUGGACGGGGCACCUUAUAAUGCGGCGCGCCUUAUGUGUGCACCGAGUUCCAAAAUCUGCAAAUGUUGUGGGACUUUGAUGAGCGCUCCGCUUAACUGACUGGGAGCAUUUCCUGUCGACACACUGCUUAUAUAGAGGAAAGGCGGACGUGACUGAGGACAGCAUGGGGACGUUAAAAGGGGAAGGGUGCGCGUGACAGAGGACGCUAAAGGCACUCCCCCAGUAGGUAUAUAGUUCUGGUAUGUGCAUCGGUUUGGCUGAGGACCCCCGAAAAUGGCACCUACGAAGAGACACGCUUACGAAGCACAGUUUAAACUGCAAGCUAUCAGUUACGCAGAGGAACAUGGGUAUCGAGCAGCCGAGAGAGAAUUCAAGAUCAACGAAUCCAUGGUUCGCAGGUGGAGAAAGCAGGAAAAGCAGCUUCGCCAAGUCAAGAAAAAGCUGAGUUUCCGCGGAAACAAGGCGAGGUGGCCUGAGUUGGAAGACCAACUCGAGCAAUGGAUUAAUGAGCAAAGAACAGCCGGGAGAAGCGUCUCUACAGUCACCAUUCGACUGAGGGCAAUAACUCAGAGCUCGCAAUCAUUCCGGGAGGCUUGACGAAGGAACUCCAACCGCUGGACAUCGGUGUAAACAGGGUGUUCAAAGUGAAGUUGCGAGCGGCGUGGCAGUGAUGGAUGACAGAUGGCGAACACAGCUUUACUAAGACUAUGAGGCAGCGCCGGGCGAGUUACGCCACAAUUUGUGAAUGGAUUGUGGAUGCUUGGGCUAACGUGUCUGCUUGCACUGCUUUCAUAAAAGCCGGUAUCAUAUCUGAGGAGCCGCAUGGCAACGAGAGUGACUCUGACAAUGACGAGAGGGAACCUGGCAUGUUUGAUGGAGAACUUGCCCAGCUGUUCAUUUCGGAUACAGAACAUGAGGACUUUGAUGGAUUUGUGGAUGAGGAUUGAUCAAAAAAUAACGUGAGUACAUUGUUAAAUACUUCAAUAAAGUACAACUGAACUCAGUUUUGCUCCCGCUGCCAUUUUAAAAACAUUGCUACCGUAUGUUGUUUUAAGCUACCGUAUGUUUUACCAUGCCUGCGCCCAAUAAUACGGUGCACCUUAUGUAUGUGUUAAAUACAGAAAUAGACCCCGUAACUGAGACUGCGCCUUUUAAUGCGGUGCCCCUUAUGGUCGUGAAAAUACGGUAUUCUAAAACAAGCCCUGAAAAUAAAUGUUGAUUUUGGAUUAAUUUGAGAUUCAUUUCUUCAAGACUGCAGUAUUUUAUUUAUACUGUGCUGUAACAAAUUAAUAUUAGUGUAAUAUUAGACUAUAAAACAGAUUUUACUGGGAACUGCUGAUCAUAAUGCUUAUAAGCAUUGUAGUUUUCAACAAAGGAUCUUCAAGUUUCCAACACCUCUGAAUGCACCACACAUGAUAAUUAUUACACUAUUCAAAUGUUCGCUUUCUCAUGCCUUUCUCUUGCUGGUUCCAAACCAGGGUGGAAUACAAAUUAAGUACUUAUUAAACUGAUUUGUUUACAAUAGGCAUUAAUCUGGAGCCAUUCCAGCUGUAACUUUGCUUAUUUCUCGGAUUGUGGCUUUGGAGAUUUCUGAAAACCUCAGUUGGACUGACUUAAAACAUAUCUACCUGGAUAAUUCAGCAUACCUCUUUUUGUGGGUAAGAACUGUAUAAUAUACGUAGUUUCUGUGGCGUUGUUUCUAACUUUUUACAGUUCCAACAUUAUUGUAUUUGUAGAUUUUGGUGGUACAUUUUUACAUGUCCUUUUUUGAGUACCCACAACAUGACUGUUAUAUGCAGAUUCAGCAUUAUUGAUUUGCUUUUGUACUUCUGAAUGUUCAAAUGACACAUUUAGUUUAGAUAUUUUUUGUAAAUGUGCAACAUGUCACAUUUUCUUUUAUAUGAAACCAUUUUAAAGACGAACCAACUUUUUUGU